CGUAGCCGACGCAGUUGUCGGUUGUUGUUGUGGGCUGAGCGUCCGAGGAUUCGUACUGUUGGCUUGCGGCGAGCUUGAGUAUACGGUCGAGUUCCUCUCCUGGUCUAGACAAGAUAGUAUCUCGUCGCUGAACAGGGAUUAAGUAUAAAGAACGGCACCGCGUACUAAACGUGCGCGUAACGCCCGGAUGGAUCACGACCAGAGCCGGACCUCGUCUAGGAUGCCUUGCCGCCCGGAUGGAUCAAGAGGUAUAUACUUCACUGACAGAGGAAAAUUUGCUGUUACUCACGUAGCUGUUUAUAGGAUGUGGUUUCUUAUGUUUUAU